AAAUCAAAAAGUAAAUGAUAAGGCGACGCGUUCAAGCUGGUGCAGAGCUGAAAAACAUUCCAGCCAUGUCUGCAACAGGAUCCAAUUCAAAGGUUUCUGUGGGAAUGAAGACUGAGGAGGUUCAAGAGGCUGCAGAGGGCCAAGAAUUGACAAACAAGUAUCUACGUGGUGAACUGUCAUUCACCGAGUAUGCUCAGCUGCUGGCGGCAGAAGACGAUGAUCCGACAGAGCUGGAUGGCGAGCUGGACCUGGACGAGCUGGAUACUGGAGGUGACGCAGCCAGCACAGCAGGCGGCGAGCGGCCCGCGUCGGUCGUACCCAGCGGGGCCGGGGACGACGACGAAAACAUGACGGCCCGCGAGUCGAUCCGCUCCCAGCGCCGGCUGCUCAAACGGCGCACUCUGCCGGCCGUCCUUCAGGGUAUGAUGGGCGAGGCCAACCUGCGUUACGCGCGCGGAGACACGGAGGAUGCCGAGACCAUCUGCAAGGAGAUCAUCCGCCAGUGUCCGCUGGCUCCGGAGCCGUUCCAGACGAUGGCCAUGAUGCACGAGGAGCGCGGCGACCACGAGCGGGGGCUCCAGUACAGUCUGAUCGCGGCGCACCUCUCCAAACCGGACGUGGACGAGUGGCUGCGCCUGGCGCGCAUCUCCGAGGCCAAACAGAGCCACAAACAGGCCGUGGUCUGCUACACCAGAGCGAUCGAGGCGGCGCCGCAGCGUCUGGAGCUGCACCUCAAGAGGGUGGAACUCGUCAAACUCAUCACCAAGACGGCCAAGCUGCCCAUCAGCUACCUGAAACGAGCCGUCACCAUCAUGUGUGACGGCUCGGCCGGCGACGCGUUCCGGGUGAUGAAGGAGCUGCACCAGCUGCUGAUGGCCGAUAAACUGUACGACGACGCCAAAGAGUACUGGACCAAGGUGUUCGACAAACACGGAGACAAGGCCAACUGGGAAGACACCCACGUGUACCUGGAGCUGCUGCUGACCACCGGUUCACCGGGCGCGUGUGUCGGCGCGCUGCUGCGCUUCUGCGGCGUGCGGUUCGAGCCGCCGGUGCCGGCCGACGCGUCCGACUGGGCCGCGGCGCUGGCCGGGGCGCGCUCCGUCACCGUGCCGGAGGGAGUGCCGCUGGACGUCAAAUACAAACUGCUGCUGGCGCUCAUACAGCUCGAGUGUGUCCGACUGGCGGACAAGAGUCUGAUUCCCAGUCUGAAGACGUGCGAUCCGGAGGAGUACGGAGACAUCUACAUGGACGUGGCCGAGGCGCUGAUGGAGAAGAAACACUACGAAGCCGCGCUGCAGCUGCUCAACAUGCUCACCCAGUCCCACAACUACUGCCUGGCGGGCGUGUGGCUGCGCGUGGCCGAGUGUCACCACGAGCUGGGGCGGAUGGAGCAGGCGGUGGCCGCCUACCGGGAGGUGGUGGCGCGCGCGCCCAGCCACAGCCAGGCGCGCCUGGUGCUCUCCACCAUCCUGCACCAGCUGGGGCGGCCCGAGGAGGCCAUCGCAGUGCUCUCACAGGAGGUGGAACAGGAGGUGCUCGACUCAGAUCUGCUGCUGGAGAAGUCGGCACUGUUAGAGAAGGAGGGGCGCAUUGUCGAGUUUAUCGACACGGUGCGGACGCUGCUGUCUCAGCACUGUCCCAUUAUCCGAGACAGAGACGAGGCCAAAUCGAUGCUGGUGGGCUUCAAGGUGCGCGAGCACACGCUGAGACAGCUGCGGAAACUAAAACCAGACACCUACGACGAUCCGGGCCCGGCGUUCGUGGACCGUCCCACGGAGCUAGAGCGCCACUGGACACUGCUUAAGAAGGCGCUCUCCUACCUGGAGGAGCGCGGCCAGUUCUCCGACUGUGUCGACCUCAUCAUGCGCGCCAAGGGUAGCCGCGAGUUCAACCAGCGCACCGAUAUCUCAAAGGACCUGGACACGAUGUGCGCGAUCGCGUCAUUCCGCGCCGCCGACUACGAGAUGGGAUUCCCGGUGGUGCGCAAGAUGCUGCUGGCCGAGCCGGAGGUGCAGUCCCUCUGGAACCUGCUCAACCUGGUCACCAUGCGCGCCGAGGACAUCCGGCACGCGCGCUUCCUGAUGCGGCUGACGCACCGACUGCCGGAGCUGGUGGCACUCAGCCUGCUGAACGGUCACAACUGCCUCAUGUCCGGCACGUACAAGUACGCGCUGGUCGAGUACGUGUCGGCGUAUAAACUGGAGCCGCGCGACCCGCUGAUCGCGCUGCUGGUCGGUGUCACCAUGAUCCACCUGGCGGCGCAAAAGUUCACCACGCGCAAACACAGUCUGGUGGUGCAGGCGCAGGCGUUCCUCGGACAGUACGCCAGCCUGCGCGGCGACACCCAGGAGAGCAUGUACAACAUGGGCCGCGGCAUGCACGAGCUGGGACUGCUGCCCAACGCGGUGCACUACUACACGCGCGCGCUGGAGCUGGAGCCGUCUGGCGGCGACCCGGCGCUGGACCUGCGGCGCGAGACGGCCUACAACCUGGCGCUCAUCUACCGGGCCAGCGGCAACUUGACGCUGGCGCGCCGCCUGACGCACCGGUACUGCAUCAUAUGAGGACUGACGCGCCGCCUGACGCACCGCUACUGCAUCAUAUGAGGACUGACGCGCCGCCUGACGUGCCGAACUGGCGCGCCGCCAGCUGACGCACCGAUACUGCUUCAUAUGAGGACUGACGCACCGGUACUGCAUCAUAUGAGGACUGACGCACCGGUACUGCAUCAUAUGAGGACUGACGCACCGAUACUGCAACAUCCUGAGGAUUGACACACCGCCACUGUGCCACCAGGUGAGGUGGCGCACCGCUCGCCAGUGUCCAGUAUUGUCAUAUAAUCCUGGGUGGCGUUUGGUCGCCUGACCAGGUAAUGAUUGUGUCGUGGUGUAUUUUGCCCGGCUGUGGACGGCACGGCUCGUUCCCUCCCUUUGCGUCUGUCUGUGGGUGGAUCCGAGUCAGACAGUCUCUGUGAUAGCCGGGGAUGGGGCGGUCUCCACGGCUGUGGGCCGCUACCAUUGCCGGCUCCCCGACCGGGUAGUUGGGUUUUCUGGGGUGACUUUUGUAAGACGAUUGACGUGUUGUGGUGGAUGACUGGGUUUGAGGUGUGUGACCGUCGUGAAGAGGUAGGUGGGUAGUUAUCUUCGGCCAGUGCCGAUACUGCUCUAUGGAGUGUGUUACGGUGGACGGUUGCCAGUGACGCAGUGGAUCUCGCAUGGUACCGUGGCGUCAGCGACAUAUUUGUGCAUGGGCUUCUGAAAUUGUUUUGCCUCACAACCUUCUUUCACCUGUCUAUCGGGCACUAACUCAGUGAACUUGUGCUACUAUCCAUAAGCUGUGUCAUCUUCAAAAGGUUUGUUAAGAUAAGCAGUUGCUUGCCACAAGUUAUCAAGCUGCCCGUGAAAAAUCUAAGUACAAAAUAUUAUUCCAUGUGGGCGCAGAAUGACGAGAAUAAACGUGCUUUCUUAUCAAAGUUUGUCUUUA